ACUACUUUCUAGUACUAAUAUACUGAUAUCGAUUCAAUUAACUGUUUUUUCUUGUGACCUAACUUGGAAAGCACAGCACUAACAUCAUGUAGUUUUCCAGAAUUUUGCUGUGUUGCAUUCAGAUGUUGAAGCAGUGAUUCACGAGGAAAACAAGUAAAGAAAUUAUUUUUUGUAUCUGAAUGGCAGCUUCAGCAAAAUCUCUCACAACAGAUGGAGACUGGACGGUUAUUUUACCCCGUCGUGGAAGACAAAGGAGAAAAGAUACUGAAGUUGAAAAAAUUUCGGAAGAAAAACAAGAACCAUGGGCUCCAACAGAUUCUCAGAAAGAUCCAAUAAGAGAAACAGCAUUAAUGCAGAAAAUGGAAAGAUAUAUUACCAAGACUGAGAACUCUCCGUUCUAUCAAACUUUCAGAGAUCAGAUUGAAACAUCAGUUUUAGAUUAUUUCCAUAUAGUUUUGGGCUCAGAGACAACUAUGCAAAUGGUCAUUUACGGUAUCGGCAGCAUUGAAUUGUACGAGCCGCCAUGUCUGCAACUUAGCAUUGCAAUGUUGAUGAAAAGAGACUUAAAUUUGAUUGGAAACAUUGAGGUAUUCGAUCCUAUUCUCUCUGUAACCGAGUCUCGGGUUUUGGAAGCUCUUGGUUGUUCUGUCAUGUCCAUAAACGAGCAUGGGAAGCGAGAAGCUGCGAAGCCAACAAUGUUCUUCAUGCCUCACUGCGAAGCAGAGUUAUAUAACAACCUGUUGCAGGCAAAUUGGAAACCGGAUUUCUUAAACAACAUGGUAUUGUUCGGGAAUAGCUUUGAAGAAUACGAGCAUUAUGUGUCAUUAUGUAAGAACUCACCCGUUCUGAACUCAGUAAAACAUAUCUUGGCUGCCCGAAGUUUUACGAACGAAAUCAAAAUUGAAAAAAUUCCUGAAGAUUAUUAUAAUGCAUUCCAUGAUUCAAGUUGGCAUUUUUUCAGCCCUGUUCAUGAAUCAGAGCUGCAAUUUAUCAAUUCUUGAUGGAGUUUAUCUCGAUCAAUAUUUUGUUGUACACUACUUUGAAAUUGUUAGAACUAUUACAAUCUUGUACACCACUUUCUCCAAAUAUACCUGAGAUUUGACUCAUGUCUAUGGGUUAAUGUGAAACAGUGUAAAAGUUUUGUUUUCAUUUGUUUGAGACAUCCACUAUUCCAUAUCACUUUUAUCUGUCCAUAAUUUGGCAAGGUAAAUUUUGUUUUUAUCU